CUGUUCUUAGUUGACAACAUUAGGACUAUUUUUGCCAGUUUUUCCUCUUUUAAUCAUAAUUUACUUCAAAAUUACGGAUAAAUUAGUUUACAAUGACUAUUUUGCCAGCUAAGAGACCUUCAUCUAAUGUUGAAGAAAGUAACGAACAAAAUCAACAAAAUGUAAACUCUGAACGGACUGUCCGAAGGAGAGACGAAAUUAAUUCGUUGCAAAUAUCAUCUCUAAAUGAAAACAAAUCACCAUCUAGAAGGUCACCAUUUUCCUACAAAUCGCCCAAUGGCAAAGAAAGAUUUCGAAAACAUUAUAAGGAUGGCGAACGGCGUCGGGAUCGAGAAAGGGAAAGAGAACAGAAAAGGGAGGUUCGCAGAGAACAGAAGCGUGACAGAAUUGCCAAGAGAGACAUUGCAGCUGAACCAAUGCAUGAUGCAGCCAGUACCACACCUCCAGAUUCUACAGAUGUCGAAGCUACUUCCAAUAACAAUGAGGUUGUCAAAAAAGAAGACUGCACAGGUUUCAAUAGUGAGGAUGAAUAUGAUGAAAGAAUCAUCAAGGAUCGUCUUCUUACAGAUGAAGAAUGGCAGAAGAGGGAUGAUUUUUUCUUCCGGUGUAUGUCUAGUUUAGGCUAUGAAAUCAAAAAUAUGAAUGAGGAUGGGGCAUGUCUCUUUCGUUCCAUUGCUGAUCAAGUAUAUGGUGAUCAGGAGUUCCAUUUUCAAGUUCGUCAGGAUUGCAUGAACUAUAUAGUCCAAAAUCGCGAUUAUUUCGAACCUUAUGUUACUGAAGAUUUUGACAAGUACGUUGCCAGAAAACGGAAAUGGAACGUUCACGGAAACCAUUUGGAAAUCCAGGCUAUGAGUGAACUGUACAAUCGCACAAUUGAAGUGUACUGCUACCAAAUUGAACCUAUUAACAUCUUUAACUGUUCUAGAAUAAUAAAUACUUAUGAACCGAUAAGACUUUCAUAUCAUAGAAUGUGUCAUUACAAUUCAAUUAGUAAUCCAAAUAAGCCAUCAGUAGGCGUUGGAUUGGGUCUACCCAACUAUAAACCGAUCGACAUUGAUCGUAGGCGGUUUAAUGAUGCAAUUCGUGCUAGUGAGGAAUUGCUCAUUGAACAGACAAUGUUGGAAGACAAGAUCAAAGCUACAGAUUGGGAGGCUACUAAUGAGGCUAUAGAGGAACAGGUAGCCCGUGAGUCUUACAUUCAAUAUUUCAGAGACACAGAGAAGCGUUUGAAAGAUCAGGGUCAUCCACUAGCAAGUGGCAGCAGCAGUACAAUUACAUCUGCAAUGUUGAACAGUCCUAGAAGUUCAAGACGUGGUUCAGUGUCCCCAAAAGGGUGUCAGUCACCUAAGGCUUCGGCUUCGCCAAGAACUUCUUUCUCACCCUUAGCGAGCCCUAGACCGUCAUUUGGCACAAGUGAACCUAUAUUGGAAACGACUCCACCUGUGUAUGUUCCCACUGAAGAGGAAUCUGCUUUUGCAAAACGUGUUUAUAAUUCGCCCAGAAGGAUUGAGCAGACUGAAGCUGAAACUUUCCCGCAGGAGUGUAAACAGCAGGCUGGACCCUCCAGUAUGGAUAGCUCUAACAUAGGUUUAGAAGAUUUCGAUCAAGAAAUUAUGGCACAAGUAUUAGCAGAGUCACAAAAAACUUACUUAGACGAACUUAAACACAAGUCUAAAAAACGCAAUGGAUCUCCGGGACCAUCCACAUCUUCAUAAUGUGGAAUUAAUAUUUAAUAUAUAAUACGUAAUGAAAAUAUUUAUUUUAGAUCUUUUAGCUUUACUCUCAAUUUUUUUAUUAAUUCCUUAAGUUUAUAUUUAUUUAGCACAAAUUUAGAUGUACUUACUUCCUUUGCUAAUUGUAAUGUCGAUGUUUCCCAAGGUUAUAUAUAAAUUCGAUGUGAGGACAUAAUAGUUUAAUAAAAAAUUUCACGUUAAGUUCUUAUUUAGUAAACAGUAUAUUGGGAAACAUAGAUAUAAUAUACUGUCCAUACUUAGUUUGGGAGUAUUUUCUGGGAGGGUGAAUAUUUUUUAAUGUGCAUGUCAAGUGUGUUACCGAUUUGAAGAAAUAUCUAUGGUUUAAUUGAAACCUGCAAGGUUUCAAUGUUUUCAAUAUCUUAUUUCUUACAAUUAAGUUCUAUCAUACUUGGCCCAGGCUAGUUAAAUCAACCCUUGUUGAUUAGGCAAGCCUUAAUAAUUAAUAUUUCGGUGACCCAAUAUUUGUUGUGAUAAACCUGUUAUCUUAGUUUAAACUGUAAUGUGCAUUUGGAUAAGCUUUUAUUUCUAACUUUGUUAUAUAUUGUAAAAAUAUAGUUGUUUCAUAUAUAAA